AGCCAUCCGGGAGCGAGGCGGCCUGUCCCCGCCAGCGCCCGCCUAUCUCCACACUGCGGCGAUGGCGGCCGGUGCCGUCUUCCGCCUGCUGGUCGCCAGCCUGCUGGCGACCGCCUCGAGGGGCCUCGGCGAGAAGAGCUGCCUCGGCGAGGAAAACUGCUAUGCCGUGGCAGAGGAGGAGGUCGCAGAGCUGGCAACGCCCCUCCUGCAGACGGGCAGGGCGAGGCAGGCGCAGCCCUCUGCAGACGCUGCCGCCGUCGUGCAGGCGCCGACGGCCCCAGAAUCUGCCGCUGGGCCCGUCAACGCCUCUAUGCAGAGAGUUGCUUCCGAUCACACCUGCAUCACCAAAAAUUGCGAGUGCGACGACACCGUGACCUGCUGCUACGGGACAAGCUGCAGACAGGGCUGGGGCGGCGUCGAUCGGUGCCUGUUCGACAGCGACCCGACAGACGUUUCGGCCCAGGACCCGGAGAAGUGCGUGUGCAGCCCGCCCGCCGGCUACGGGAUGGGCAGCGCGAACAACGCGAGCAGCGCGUGAGGGCCGCGUCCUGGCCACGUCGGCUCUCUCUCCAGGCUCAAGCCCCCACAGCGCAGGCUCUCCGAGUGGGCACGUCGGCGGGCCCACGCGCCCUCGGAGCGCGGCGGGACCGCCAUGGGGGAGCGCGCCGCGCCCGGCCGUGAGGCCGCCCGUCGCACGCUCCUCCGGGCACCGAUGGCUCAGCCGUCGGGACCCUGCGUUGAACCCUGCGUGAUCGAGGCAGCGCCUCUCUCCGUGGCGUUGCUGCCAACCCGUCCGAGCUUUUCCCAACUGGCUAUUCGAUGCACCGUGCCCCAGACCCAGCACGGCGGAUCCGCGGCCGCCGUCUCGAGACAG